AACACCCUUGAUGAAAAUGGAUUAGAACAAGGUGAGAUAUAUGAGAAAGAAAAUGAGAAUCUAAGAUUGUUGCCAAGCAAAGGUAAGGAAUAACAAUAUAUUUACCAUUUAAUCUUGAAAGAGAUUGCUGGCAACUGUCUUAUCUGGCGAGCUUCCUCUUUGUUUCUUUCUUUCUUUCCUCACUACCUAAACUAGCCUUGCCUAAUCGACCUGACAAAGACAAAACCAUUUUCUCUUUGUGAAAGAUCUUGCAAUAUAUGACUUGUUUCUUUCUUAGUCUUCCUCUUUAGCGUUUGUGGUCACACAAUUAUGCUUGCUUAGAAGGAACUUGGUUUGACAAAGAUGGGGAAAACAAGCAAAUGGCUAAGAAGUAUCUUGACAGGGAAGAAGGACAAGGAUGUUAAGGAGAAGGAGUAUUCUCCACUUGCCACUGACAGUCCCAAAACUCCAAUAUCAAUACCACAACCAACACCAAAGGAGAAAAGAAGAUGGAGUUUUCGAAGAUCAUCUGCCACCGCCGCUGCAGCCACUCCAAAGGAGAUAAAUUCUACAGAACAGUUCUCCAUGACUCCACCAAGUGUUCUACAGGCUGCAAUUGAAGCCGAGAAUGAGCAGAAAAAGCAUGCCAUGGCUGUUGCAGUAGCCACGGCUGCAGCUGCUGAUGCAGCAGUGGCUGCAGCACAGGCUGCGGCUGCUGUGAUUCAGUUAACUGCGGUAGCCAAUGAAGGAGGGAAUGACAUUGCAGUUGAAGAGGCCGCAGCCAUAAAAAUUCAAUCUUAUUUCCGCUCUUAUCUGGCAAGAAAAGCAUUGUGUGCAUUGAAAGGAUUGGUGAAGUUGCAGGCAUUGGUGAGAGGUCAUCUUGUGAGGAAACAAGCUAAGGCUACUCUCCGGUGUAUGCAAGCCUUGGUAACAGCCCAAGCACGAGCUCGAGCUCAGAGGAUCCGAAUGAAUGAUGAUACAAAAUCUAUCACUAAUCAUAGACCUUCUACUGCACACAGAAAAUCAGUACAGGACAAUUGGCUCAGGACUAAUCCAUAUAAUGACACAGACAUAGGCAUGGAAGAAAACAUCAAGAUAGUAGAGAUGGAUCUCGGCGGAUCAAAGGGAUCAACAAAGAGCAGAAGCAGCUAUUCAAUUCAAUCACAAACAGAAAAUAAGCAAUUUUCAUCUAAUAAUCGACAAAGCUCAAGACAAGAAAAUUACCACCACCACCAGCAGGUGUCACCAGCACCAUCAGCACUUACAGACAUGAGUCCAAGAGCUUGCAGUGGACAUUUCGAAGACUACACAUUUGGCACAGCUCAAAGUAGUCCUCAUUACUACUGCGCAAUUUCCAAACCUGACCCAUCAAAGCUACCAUUUGCCUUUCCAAGGCCAGACUAUGAAGAAGAAGAAGACGAAGAAUCACUCUCUUAUCAUCAUGACUACCCAUUGUAUCCAAAUUACAUGUCAAACACAAAAUCUUCAAUUGCCAAGGUCAGGUCACAGAGUGCACCAAAGCAAAGGCCAGAGACACUGGAAAGGCCACCCAGCAGCCGGCGCAGGACAUCUAUAGAAGGAAGGAAUGUGCCAAGAGCUGUGAGGAUGCAAAGGUCAUCUUCACAUGUUGGUGCAGCCUCUCAAAACUACCAAUAUCCAUGGUCAAUCAAGCUUGACAGGUCCUUUGUUUCUCUUAAGGACAGUGAGUGUGGCUCAACUAGUACACUGCUCACUAACACAACAAAUUACUACUGCAAAUCUGUUGUGGCCUAUGAUGUGAGUAUUCUUACUAUUACCACUUAAAAUUUAUGUGAUUAUAGAUAUUAGAGUCUCAUCAUAUUCAAUGGUUAUUUAUUUAUUUAUUUAUUUACCUUUUUUGUGUGGCUGCAGUCUCAUGGAAAUAGGUACUAAUUGCCCAACAAUACCAACAAGAAGAAAUAUGCAGAUUUUUUAUUAUUUUUUUUUUUCAUGACAAUGUGGUCAAAAUCUUGACGCAGCUUAAUUUCUGACUCAACCCAUCUCAGAGUUUCUUUUUUUUUUUUCUUAAAAAAAAAAUAAGAAAAUACAUAUUUUUUUUUCAUUGUAAUUGCAGAAUAAUUGUGUAUCCCGAAGUGUACUUUGUAGAGUUUGUUCCAUUUUGGAUGGUUUGUAAUUCAAUUUGGCAAAAAUGUUCUGA